AUGGCUGAUGAGGAGAACUUACCGCAGGGCUGGGAGAAGAGGAUGAGCCGCAGUUCAAGCAGAGUGUACUACUUCAACCACAUCACUAACGCCAGCCAAUGGGAGCGGCCCUCUGGAGACGGCUCCGGGGAGCCUGAUAAGGUGCGCUGCUCCCACCUCCUGGUCAAACACCAGCAGUCACGGCGGCCAUCCUCCUGGAGAGAACAGACUAUCACGCGGACCAAGGACGAGGCUGUGGAGCUCAUUCAGAAGUACAUAGAACAGAUAAAGUCCGGAGAUGAGACAUUGGAGGCGCUGGCUUCACAGCUGAGUGACUGCAGCUCGGCCAAGAACGGUGGAGACCUGGGCAUGUUCGGCAGAGGUCAGAUGCAGAAGCCUUUCGAAGACGCCGCGUUCGCUCUCAAAGUGGGCGACAUGAGCGGCCCCGUCUUCACUGACUCUGGGGUCCACAUCAUCCUCCGCACUGGAUAG